AUGGAGAAUCCUUCAAUUCUGAAGCAGCAAUCCAAAGAUAGUAGAGAACGAGAACACUCUAAAGAGAGAGAGUGGGAAGAGAGGAUCAAAACAGCCAGUCUAGAAACAAGGAAUGCUUUAACUGUGGUGGACCGUGGCCACAUACAAAUGGUAGAAAGCCUUGUCCGGCAUGGGGACUUGAGUGUCGGAAUUGUGGGAAAAGGAAUCAUUAUGCAAAGAAGUGCAAAGCAGUUAAUUGGUUGAGAAAAAUCGACAAUUUAAGUGACAGUGAAGAUGAAUACCGGCCGUGAAAGAAAAGGAAAAGGUGUGUAAUAAAGUUAAAAUUAAUAUCAACGCUGUUCCAAUAAAGUUUCAGAUUGACUCAGGGGCCAAUGUAAACAUAAUAGGACAGUUGUAUUACAUUAAAAGGAAAAGUAACUCUAAAGAAAUCUAAUGCCAAAUUGUUUGCUUAUAACUCUUCAUUGCCACUUCCCCUGGUCAGCAAGUUUGCAGCUGCAAUAACCACAAGAAGCUGUAUGAUGUAGCAGAUUUCUAUGUGAUAAAAGGAUCAAGCUCAUCAGGAUGUCUGUUAGGUUCUACAUCAGCUGUAAAUCUUGGUAUAUUACACAUAGUCAUUAGUCAACCAAGUGAAAUCUAAAGCUGGUACUACAUCAAAGGCAACUGAAGCAUCGGCAGGAGCUGUUCCUGCUAGAAGUGAACAGUCUAAGCCAGCAACACCUUUGAAAAGGAUGUUGGGUGAACUUGUUGCUUCGUACAAUGACAAUUUUACGGUAUUGGAAAAUUGAAAGGAGUGAAGGUGACACUUCAUAUUGAUGAGACUAUAAAAGCCAGUGGCACAGAAGGGUACCAUUCCAUUUAAGAAAUAAAGUCGAAGCUGAACUGUCUCGUCUUGAAGAGGCAGGUAUCAUUGAGACAGUAGAUUCUGCCACUGAUUGGAUUUCACCAAUAGUAAUAGCUCCAAAGAAGGACUCAAAUGAAAUCAGAAUGUGUGUGGAUAUGGUUGAACCUAACUGGGCUAUCAAGAGGACCUGGCAUGUUAUUCCAACAGUAAAAGAGCUAAGACAUGACCUCAAUGGAGCUAAGAUAUUUUCUAAGUUGGACUUAACUAAUGACUUCCAUCAGUUAGAGUUAGAGUUAGAGUUAGAUGAAGAAAGCAAAAGCAUUACAACAUUCUCAACUCUCACUGAGAUACUAUUGUCGAUUAAAUUUUGGGACAAAUUCAGCUCCAGAGAUUUUCCAAGAGGAGUUAAGAAAGAAAUUGGAUGGGAUUCCUGGCGUUUAUUAGAUAGAACAGGUUUAAUCAAAUCGUAA